GCCAAUGGCUCCUUUAACAUUUCACACAGCGAAGAAGCUCCCAUCUCCCAACUUCCAAUGAUGGCUUCCUUGUUUCUCUCCCCACUACUAGCAUUUCUAAUCGUAGCUUCUCCUGCCAUGGUAAUUGGCCAGCCCAAACAGACCAAUAUCACCUUAGGUUCUUCGCUCCCUGCAUCCAUUGAUGCCUCGUGGCUCUCGCCUUCGGGCCGCUUCGCCUUCGGCUUCUACCCGAAAGCCCAAGGCUUCGCGGUCGGAGUAUGGCUUGCAACCACUCCUGAGAGGACCGUCGUGUGGACAGCCAACCGCGACGAUCCGCCGAUCAUGGAUGGCUCCAUUCGGCUAACCUUCGACGGCCGGCUCGUCUGGAGUGCUCCUGGCGGCCAGGAAAAGGUCAUAUCUCGGCCUACUGAGCCUGCAGCCAUGGCUGCGAUGCUGGAUACCGGAAACUUCGUUCUCUACAAUUCUCAGCAAGUGAUCGUAUGGUCUACUUUCAUCUCUCCCACGGACACACUUCUACCAGGACAGAGCCUGCUGCCAGAAACUCAGCUCUUCUCGAGCAAAUCGGAGACUGAUCGAUCGACAGGAAGGUAUCGGCUCAACAAUCAAAAGGAUGGGAACCUUGUGUUGUAUCCGGCGGACACAUCGGACACCGCCGAUGAUGCCUACUGGGAUACAGGCACCUUCCAGAUCGGCUUCCUCCUUACGCUAAAUUUGGACAGCAACGGUACCAUGUACUUGGCCGGCGACAAUGGUACUUUCACCAAGAGCUUGGCACAGGCCAAGAAUUCUAGUUCUCGGAGCGGAGUUGAUAUCUAUUACCGAGUGACCGUUGAUCCAGACGGGAUUCUCCGGCUUUACUCGCAUGGCUUCGGAAGAAAUGGCAGCUCAACAACAGUGGUGGAAUGGGCAGCGUUGGACAACCAGUGUCUGGUCAGGGGUGUUUGCGGGAUCAACAGCUACUGCAGCCUCAGGAGCAAUGGAGAGCCCAAUUGCCUUUGUCCUCCUGGGUUCGAAUUCGUCAACCCGAGCCGGAUUUUACUCGGGUGCAUGAGAAACUCCAGCAUCGGAGAUUGCUCAGAGAACUCGAGCGGAGCGAACACAGGUUUGACGAUGGUCGCUGUGAGGAACACGACAUGGGUGGACAAGCCAUACUCCAUUUUGCCAUCGACGACGAGCAUAGACGACUGCGAGGCCGCAUGUUUGGCCGACUGCUUCUGCGAGGCAGUGCUGUUUAAAGACAACGCCUGCACCAAACAGAUGAUUCCGCUCAGGUAUGGGAGGACGGGGAGCAACGACACUCUGUUCAUAAAGGUCGGAGCCAUCAAUCCUAACCAGCGGGUUGCAAUCUAUCAAAGGAGCAGAAAGGUGCGCAUCGAUGUCUUGGUCAUCAGCGUAGUUUUAGCUGCCAGUUCGGCCGUUGUCUUCGGCGUAGCUGGCUUUCUUUUCUGCAGGAAUCGAAAAUUAGGGAGAUAUACGAGAGCGUCGGAGUGCAACAACUCUGGAUUCGAUGACGAGACGCCGCUGAGAUCCUAUUCCUAUGAGGAGUUAGAGAGAGCUACAGAGAGCUUCAGGGAAGAAUUGGGCAGGGGAGCCUUUGGCACAGUGUUCAAAGGGGCACUGUCCAAUGGAGAAAGGAUCAUCGCUGUGAAAAGGCUGGAGAAGUUGGUGGAGGAUGGAGAGAGGGAAUUCCAGAGAGAGGUGAGGGCCAUUGGAAGAACGCACCACAGAAAUCUGGUUCGCUUGCUUGGUUUUUGCAAUGAAGGUUCCAACCGACUGCUGAUUUAUGAAUACGUGAGCAACGGCUCGCUUGCGAACCUUCUUUUCAAAAGCGAGACAUAUCCAAGCUGGGAAGAGAGAGCGAGGGUUGCGUUGGAUGUUGCAAGAGGUUUGCAGUAUCUGCACGAAGAGCUCGAGGCCCCUAUCAUCCAUUGCGACAUAAAGCCUCAGAACAUUCUCAUGGACAGCUCCGGAACCGCGAAGAUAGCUGACUUUGGAUUGGCCAAGUUGCUGAUGCCCGACCAAACAAGAACCUUCACAGGGGUCAGAGGGACGAGGGGUUACCUCGCACCAGAAUGGUACAAGAACGCACCCAUAACAGUGAAGGCUGAUGUCUAUAGCUAUGGAAUCGUGUUGUUUGAACUCAUAUGCUGCAAGAGGAACAUGGAGCUGGAAGAGGCCGGGCAUGACUGCACCCUUUCUGAAUGGGUUUAUGAAUGCUUCAUGGCUGGUGAGAUGGAUAAUCUAAAGAUCCAUGGAGUCGUUGAUGAUGGAGAGUUAGAGAGAAUGGUGAAGGUAGGUCUUUGGUGCGUUCAAAAGGAACCAGUCUUCCGGCCGAGUAUGAAGAAUGUGAUAUUGAUGUUGGACGGCAAUAUGAAAGUGUCACUCCCUCCUCCACCACCUUCUUUUUCAGUGUGAAAUGAUCUGUUGUAGCAGUUUUUUUUUUUUUUUUGAUACUAUCUGUUAUAACAGUAGUCAGUCAUUUUUUUAAAGAUGAUCUAGAAUUUCGCAGAGCAGAGGUUUUUGAAUAUAUGUAACUCUAAUGUUGGAAUACAGUUCUUCCUCAUAAUUUUGUCA